AUGACUUCCAAAGCUGUUACUGAGAAGGCGCGUCGCAGUAAGCGCCAAGCUGGCCUUGAUGUUAGUCCACAAGUGUCUUUAACCGCGAAGAAACCUAAGAAGAAUGGUCCAAAGGUUAAUGCAGAAUUACAGUCACCAGCUGAAGAAAUGGAAGAUGUCGAGCUUCCCGGUUCUGAAGAAGUCGAACAAGAUGCAGAACCAGAAGAAGAAGAAGAUAAAGACGAUGAGACUGAACCACCAGAAGAAAAAGAAGAUAAAGACGAUGAGACUGAACCACCAGAAGAAAAAGAAGAUAAAGACGAUGAGACUGAACCACCAGAAGAAAAAGAAGAUAAAGACGAUGAGACUGAACCACCAGAAGAAAAAGAAGAUAAAGACGAUGAGACUGAACCACCAGAAGAAAAAGAAGAUAAAGACGAUGAGACUGAACCACCAGAAGAAAAAGAAGAUAAAGACGAUGAGACUGAACCACCAGAAGAAAAAGAAGAUAAAGACGAUGAGACUGAACCACCAGAAGAAAAAGAAGAUAAAGACGAUGAGACUGAACCACCAGAAGAAAAAGAAGAUAAAGACGAUGAGACUGAACCACCAGAAGAAAAAGAAGAUAAAGACGAUGUCUAA